AUGAAUAACCUUUCGUCCAAUACAACAGCGUCCUAUUAUCUAUGGUCGACCGAUAAAAAAAUUCGAAUAUUUAUAUUAACAAUUAUAAUGUGUAUAACUUUAAUUGGCAAUAGUUAUAUUAUAUUUAAAUUACUUUGUAAUCGUCGACAUCGAACGCGUUUACAAUUGUUCAUACUUAAUUUAGCUAUUGGAGAUUUAACAAUAUGUUUAUGUACAAUGACAUCUGAAUUAUUUCUUUUAAUUUUUGAUCAACAAUGGAUUUUAGGAAAUGUUGCAUGUAAAUUAACACUCUAUAUUCAAGUGGUUACACUUGCUUCAACAACAUUCAUUAAUGUUGCGAUGACUUAUGAUCGAUAUGAAGCCGUUUGUUGUCCACUUCAAUCUCGUAUAACUUUUCGUCGUGUACGUCGUAUUAUACUUAUAUGUUGGUUAAGUUCAUUGAUAACAGCUAUACCUCAAUUGUUUAUAUUCGAACAAAGUUUUAUUCCAGGAAGUUCAACGAAAUAUCAAUGUGCUAGUACAGGCUAUACAGCUGAAUGGCAACGCCGAAUUUAUUUUACCACAUUUGCUUCUUAUGUUCUUGUUAUACCAGCUUUUUGUAUGACAAUAUGGUAUAUAAAAAUAAUAAAUGUUGUUACAUUAUCAACACAUACGUGGAUGCCAAAAGUAGAAGACCAAUCAACAACAGCAACAUCAAUCGUUUCAUCUUCGGGAGCAUCCUUAGCCAAAGUUAAAACAGUUCACUUGGCUAUGACUAUAAUCAUCGUAUUUGUGGUUUGUUGGACACCUUAUAUGGUCUUAACUUUAAUUGAAGUCUAUUCUAAUCGUUAUUGGCGUAUACCAUCAUGGCUUGAUGGAGUUUUACAAACAAUAUCUUUAGCACAAAGUAGUUUCAAUCCAUUUAUUUAUAUAAUAUUUAAUCAUAGAAGAAAACGUUCGUCAACCAUAGUUCUUGCGUUAGGACGAACAAGUAUACAAAUAUCUCGAACUAAAAGUCGUCGAAAGUGA